CGCUACGGACUUUAAUCGAAUUUAUCGACUAGUGUCGUACACAUGUGCGUUAGCAAACCAAAAUGUUCAAGUCCGUUUUUGAGAGUUUCGAUAUAAAACUGUCCAUUUUGGCAGCGGUCGUAGCCCUUUUAUACGCUUAUGUCACGUGGAACUAUAGCUACUGGUCAAAGUCAGGCGUAAAAACCCUGCGGACACCAAUUCCGUUAUUUGGCCAUUUUUUUAAAUCCAUAGUAGGCCUACAGCAUACAAUGGAGGUGAUUGAUACCAUCUACCAGGAAAUGGGCGACCAACCGUAUAUUGGAGUGUACAAUAUGCGUACCCCACAGCUGGUCAUCAAAGACCCAGAACUAAUAGGUCGAGUGCUCAUCAAAGACUUUAGUCAUUUUACCGAUCGUGGUAUUUACUAUGAUAUUCAUUCAAACCCGUUAAACGGAAAUAUAUUUCUUACGGGCGGCGAACGUUGGAGGACUAUGCGACAAAAGCUCAGCCCAGCGUUUACCACCAACAAGCUUAAGUAUAUGAUCGAACAAAUCCAAGAAUGCAGCGACAUCCUGUUAAAGACCAUCGGCCAAUCGAUCGAUAAAGAGUCCGGCAAGAUGGAAAUUCGGGAUAUGAUGGGCAAGUAUUCAACAGACGUUAUAGGUAGCUGUGCAUUCGGACUAAAGGUAGACGCCAUCAACGACCCGGACUCGGAAUUCCGCAAGCACGGCAAGGCCGUUUUCACUCCUUCAUACAAGUCUCAGUUAAGGGCUGCUAUUAUAUUCAUGCAACCGUCGCUUGUACGUCUGCUCGGCAUGAACUUUUACUCUCAAAAAACCAUUGACUUUUUCCGAGACGCCUUCCAACAGACCAUCCACUACAGACAACUAAAUGAUUGUCAGCGAAACGACUUUGUUCAUCAUUUAAUGAAGGCCAGAAAAGAUUUAGUGCUGAAUCCUGAGCUGAAAGAUGAAGAAAAAUAUUCUGAAUUGGAUAUUGUGGCCAACGCGUACAUUUUGUUCGUUGCGGGAUUUGAAACAGUUUCGACUUCCAUGAGCUUUUGUUUGUAUGAGUUAGCAUUGAAGACGGAUAUUCAGGAAAGGGCAAGAAAGGAAAUCGCCGGCGUCAAAGCCGAAAACGGUGGUAAAUUGGACGUCGAAUGUCUAAACAAACUACAUUAUUUGAACAUGAUUAUCAAAGAAACACUGAGAAAGUAUCCUCCACUCAUAACGUUAAACAGGAUAGUGACCAAACCGUACACAAUACCGGAUACAGACAUAACGCUUAGACCCGGUACGAAAAUAAUUAUACCAGCAAAGUCUAUACACUACGACCCCGAGAAUUAUCCAAACCCAUUGAACUUCGAUCCAGAGAGGUAUUCCGAAGAAAACAUCAACAAAUUGCAUCCCAACACGUACAUGCCCUUUGGAGACGGUCCUCGGUUUUGCAUAGGAAAACGAUUCGCCGAGUUCGAAAUGAAAUUGGCUUUGUCGGAAGUACUAACCAACUACGAAGUUUUGCCAUGCGAAAAGACACAAGUUCCCAUUCAAUACGUCAUAGGUAGUCUUGUAAAUAUACCCAAAAGCGUUUGGCUUAAAUUCAGACCGAUAAAUGUCUGAAGUAAUGGUUUUGCUUAUACAAAAACUCUAACAAAUAUACAAAUAUCGUGUAAAUGGAACUGUUUAUGGAAGGAAAAAGGUUUUUUUUUAACUUAUAACGUAGUUUUCUUUAAUAAAUACAAUUUUUUUA